AGAGGAAAACCCCGUUCCUCCUCGGCUUCGGCUCCUCUCCCUCCCCCGACCUACUAAUCACCCAACCUCCUCCAAUCACGGCAUCUCGUCUCGCCUGGCCUUGGACCCGCACCGCGGCGGGGCGACGGCGCAAUGGAUGCCGUGGUGUGUGGGACAUGUGGCAGUGGUAGCAGCCCUCAUCUGAUUGUAAACUGUGCUGGGUGCAAUGCUUCUGAGCACCGUUAUUGUAUGAAGGUGUUGACAUAUGUGAUUCCAAAUGAAUGGUAUUGUGCUGGAUGCCAGGAGUAUGCUAACGGGUGCCCAAAUCCUAGUCAAGGUGGGCAAACUGAGCUCCAAAAGCCAUGGCAUGGUUGUGAUAAGAUGAAGGAAAGGGAAACUGCGAACAUGCACCUCAGUCACAACAAUGUGGCACAUCAAAUUAAUCCCAGAUCUUCAAAUAAAUUUGGAAAUGCUAAGGUGAAAUUCAUUUCUUCAGAAGAAGUGGCAUUAUUGAAUAGAGGGAGGCCACCAUAUGUUAGGUCAAGAUUUGCUGUGUGCCCAAGUAAAGGUCAUCCGUCAUCACCUCCAAAUACAAAACAUUCGCCCAAUUUGAAGUGCAUAUCCCCCAGCAGGAGUGACACACAAGUGCAAGCCCUGAAACGAUGUGCUGCUGCAAGUCAUGAUCAAACAAAAAUUGAGGAUAGGUCAUAUUUUGCUAAGUGCCAAAGGAAGAUUCAUCCUGCAUCUCCUCCAAGUGUGAAGCAGCCAUCCAGUAUGAAGUCAAUAUCCCCCAGUAGGAGUGAUAUGCAAUUCCAAACCCUGAAACAAUGUGCUGCUGCAAGUCGUGAUCCAGCAAAGAUUGAGGGCAGGCCAGAUUUUGCUAUGCGGCGAAGUCAAGUUCAUCCUGCGUCUCCUCCACAUGUGACAUUAUCUGCUUCAGUAGGCAGUGAUACUGGAAGCAAAUCUGAAGCGGAGUCUCUGAACCAGAAUAGAGGUGUGAUACUCUCCAUCAAUCCAAGUAUGGAGUAUACAAGACGCCCACCACCUGCAAUUUGUUGGAUGGGAUGCUUUCAUGUCUCUGAUGUUGGCAUAAAUCUUAACCUUGGUAGGUUCAAAGCUCAGUUUCCAUCAAAAGUGUCAUCCAAAGUUUAUGAUAUUGUGAAGAUGAUACCCAGUAAUCUAGAGUUGGAGUUAUUACCUCGAAUGAAUGACUGGCCAAAGUCUUUUGAGGCUUGUCGUCCAGUUUAUGAAGACAUCGGUUUGUUCUUCUUUCCUAAUGAACCUGAUGGGCGUAAAAAGCACUCUUAUCUUUUCGAAGAAUCCAAUAAUUAUGUUCUAAGGGCACGUAUUAAUGGCAUAAAGUUGUUGAUAUAUUCGUCAGAAGUGCUUCCGCAUGACUCUCAAUGGAUAGAUGGUGAGUGCUACUUAUGGGGAGUUUUUGUGAGGUUGGAGGGAAAGAGCGUACCUCGGCAAUUUGGUCCAACCACUACAUGACCAUUAUGUUUCCCUGGGCAUGGCAGUAUACAACAGCGAAAAGUUUGUCAAAUCCAGAGGUGGUCAAGUGGACGCUCCGUUACAUGUACCAGUGGCAUCUUCAUAUUGUAGAGUCAUUGCACCUUCUGUAUCCAUCUGAUUCUGUCCUUGUGACCGAAGGGUUGAGCUCAAUGAAUUGGGAGGAUUCCACCGCGCUGGUCUAUAACAAUGCAUGUUUUUUUUUUGGUUCUGAUCUGAAUUCUGAAACUAACUCCUGUGUAGCAUAGCAAGCUUAUCUAGCAAACGCUUGCAGUCCGCAACUUGCUCUUGAGAAGUA